CCACCUGCAAUAUUUGGAACGAUUGAACCACAGCUUUAUAGAACCAAUUCAUUAUAUCCAGCAAACUUCCCAUUUAUAAAAUUAUUAGGUUUAAAGACAGUUGUACAAUUAUCACCAGAGGUUCCAAUUAAAGCGGUAUCAAGUUUUUUUCAAGAGAAUAAUAUCAAUUUAAUUCAUUUAGGUUUAAAAUCAUGGAAAGUAGAUUCUAAUUGGAAACCUCUAACAGAUGAAUUAAUCAAAGAAUGUUUAGAAAUUGUAUUAAACUAUGAUUAUUAUCCAUUAAUGAUUACUUGCACAUCGGGUGUUCAUCAAACUGGUGUCUUAGUGGGGUGUUUAAGAAGAUUACAAAAUUGGAAUCUUACAUCAAUUUUAGUGGAGUAUAAAGCAUUUAGUGGUCAAUCAAAUACUAGAUAUGUAAACGAACAAUUUAUUGAACUUUUUGAUGUAGAUUUAGUAACACUGCCAAACAGAUUACCAGUCUGG